ACAGUCACAUUUAUAUUUAUCUGAUUUAGCUGACACUCUUUUCCAGAGUGACCUGCAAAGUUAUUUUUAAUACAGAGGUGGGUCAAUGUAGUGUAAGGAGUCUUGCCCGACACUGCUUUGACGCUCUGUAUAGAGCAAAACAUGCCUAAUUCAGGUUUGUAGUGAACACUGCACGGGCUGCCACUUUAUUAGACACCCACUUCACAUAAAUUGUAGCUACAUUCCAACAAGUCCCACGUCAGCGUGCGGUAUAAAGCCCGCCGAGCGGUGGUUUAUCCGUGGCCGGGCUGUGAUAAGGCGCUGGGAUGGGGAAAAAGAGCGACCUCAGUGAUUUUGAUCGGGGGAUGAUCGUGGGCGCGCGGCGCGCCGGCUGCAGCGUCUCGAAGACGGCGGACAGCCUGGGCUUUUCCCGGACCACGGUCUCGAGGGUCUUCCGCGAGUGGAACCAGAAGCAGAAGACCACCACGAACCGGAGGUCGUGCGGGCGCAAACCGCUGGUGGACGAGGGGGGUCAGAAGAAAAUGCUGAAAAUCGUGCAGGCGAACAUACGGGCCACGACCAAGCAGAUCACAGACGCGUUUAACGACGGAACGCAGAGGGUGAUCUCAGAGCGCACCGCGUACCGGACUUUGUGUAGGAUGGGCUUCAUCAAAACCAAGAGCACCACCGCCUCGCUGCAGUGGCCGCCCCCGGAGCACCCGGGCUGGAGCGCGGAGGACGCAGGCUGGUCGGAGGAAGAGUCCGGGUCCGAGGACUGCGCUCUGGCGGCGGGGGCUCCGCAGCAGCAGCAGGACGCGUCUCAAGUGUUUGUGGACGGGAACUGAAUUUGCAUCUCUGAGCGCAGGUUUUUACGCAAAAGUGGAUUUGGGUUUGUGGAUGGAGAAUAUGACCAAAAACCUCAUUUUACUGUUUAUCAGCGAUGAAAUAUGAUCGAUACUCGACGCUGCUUUAGUAGAAAAGGAUUUUAUAGCUGUUUACAAAGAAGAAAACAAGAAAAUGAGGAACAUAUCUGAUAGACGAGCAGAUGAGAGCGCAUCACACACACAAACACACAGAGACAGAGACUAUGGCUGAACCUCACGGACUAAUUCAGAUUAUUGCCUUCUUUUUCUUUUUUCUCUCUCUUCCUUUUUUCCUUUCUUUUAUCGACACUCUGUAUUGUCAGAACAAAUAAACAGCUUUGUUCACA